AUGCUUGAUACAAUCACGGACAACGCAGAACGAAUCAGCUAUCUGGUCAUCUUUCACACAUUCCUCACCAUCUUUAUGUGGUCAUACUGGAAAACCAUCUGGUCCAAACCAACCAGUCCCUCAGUCGCAUUCGCUCUGCCCGACGCAGACAAGGAGCUGUACGAGAAGGAGCAGCGAGCAGAGGCGCAGCAGGACAUUCUGAAGAGGGUGGCCAAGAAUUUACCCGUGUACACACGCACAGCUGGAGGAGCCGUCAGAUACUGUGACUACUGUCAGGUAAUCAAACCUGACCGCUGCCAUCACUGCUCCACCUGUGAAAUGUGCGUGUUGAAAAUGGACCAUCACUGCCCCUGGGUGAAUAACUGUGUUGGAUUCUCCAACUACAAGUUUUUUGUUCUGUUUUUAUCCUACGCCGUACUCUACUGUGUUGUGAUUUGUGCAACUGUCAUCCAGUAUUUCAUCAAAUUCUGGACUAAAGAACUUCCCGACACACAUGCCAAAUUCCACAUCCUGUUUCUGUUUUUUGUGGCUGCCCUUUUCUUCAUCAGCGUCGUGUCACUUUUCAGCUACCAUCUGUGGCUCGUGGCAAAGAACCGGACCACCAUAGAGGCUUUUCGAGCUCCUGUUUUUGGGAACGGUCCAGACAAAAACGGGUUUUCUCUCGGCUUUAGGAGAAAUCUAGUGGAGGUGUUUGGAGACCGGGCAAAGUUCUGGAUUUUUCCUGUUUUCUCCAGUCAGGGUGACGGCCACUCUUUUGUCACCAGACUGGUGCACAUAGAUCCUGAACAGGCAAAGAGUGUCCUCCAGCAGAAUGGCAACAUCUCUGCUAACGGAGAGACCAACUUGUGUGUACAGCACCCAGAGGACAGCAAGAAAGAGACGACUGAUGGAGGUCAGACAGUGGCUGUGACCAUGGACAGUGAGCCUUAGGAGAUCACACGCACACACACGUCUGCAGAGAUAUCACAUAUGAUGCCUUAAACCAGGAGCAUCAAUACCUCCAGGACCACCCUCAGCAGCACAACAAUACUGUUGUCAUGGCAACAAACCCUCCACAGCGUCUUUGUAGACUGCAGCAGUCUGAAACAAAUGGGAUUUAGGAUUUUUGCAUUUUCUUAUUAGCCAAAGACAUUAAAAUAUUAGCAUUUUUUUAUUGCAUCUAAAAAUAAUGGAAGCCAACGUUUGUUUGUUUAUCAUGAUGCAUGGAUUGAUUUGUACAUUUCAACAAAAGACCCAUC